AUGACGUUUCAGGGCUUGGCAGCGGAACAACCUCUGGGGACCCACUGGGCCCGGCGGGGCCUGCGGGAGGCCCGGGCCGGUGAGGUGAGGGGUGAGGUGGGUGCUCUCUGCCCCGCAGCCUCCUACAGGUUCGUGGUGCUCCUCUUCAACUGCCUCCUCACCUUCGGCUCCUACUUCUGCUUCGACAUCCCCAGCGUCCUGCAGGAGCAGUUCCAGGGGAACUUGACCUGCCCCAAUGGAACCCAUCAUAACGGCACCGGGCAUAAUAGCACGCUGGACUGUGUUGAAGGCUUGGGAAUGACACCCGCGCAAUACAAUUUGCUGUACGCGAUCUAUGCUUGGACAAAUGCAGUGGUGGUUAUUCUGGCUGGAUUCCUGAUUGACAAACUAGGAAAUCGCUUUGGUGUCUUUGUUUUCUCUCUUCUGACUGUGCUGGGAUCAUCAAUCUUUGCCCUAGGCUCACAUUUCAAGGGGUCGCCAUACCUCCUACCAAUGAUGCUAACAGGAAGACUGCUCUUUGGCUCUGGGAACGGGUCACUUACUAUUGUGCAGAACCGUAUCACGGCCUUCUGGUUCAAGGGGAAGGAACUGGCACUGGCGUUUGGGCUGACUCUGUCUUUCUCCCGUCUUGGGAGUGUCCUCAACUUCUUCUUCACUCAGCAGUUUGAGGCAAAAUUUGGAAUGCAGUGGACACUCUGGGGAGGUACCCUGCUCUGCGUGCUUGGUUUUGUUUCAGCCCUCACGGUCAGUGUACUAGAUAAAGUGGGCAUGAAGCAACUGGGCUUGGAUGGGGUUAUUCAGCAGGAAUCCAAAAAAGUGCGCAUUCAGGACAUCCGGCGACUUCCCCUUCGCUACUGGCUCCUGGUCCUCACCAUCAUGUUCUUCUACAACGGAGUCUUCCCCUUUGUGGCAGACGCCAGCAAGUUUAUCCAGGAUAAAUAUUCUGGCUACAGUCAGCAGGCAGCCGCUUACAUUGCUGGGGCAGUGUACGACAGCUCCCUUGUUCUCUCUGCAGCAGUUGGCAUAUUAAUUGACUACGUUGGACUGAGAGGCGUCUUUGCUGUUGGCUGUGCUGCAUUGACACUGCCAGUCUUCGCUCUCCUGGCAUUUACGUUUGUUCCUCCGUUAGUCUCUACCAUCUGGUUGGGGAUCACUUACUCCUUUGCUGCUGCUAGUAUGUGGCCGUCCAUACCCCUUGUGGUCCCCCAAGCAACUUUAGGGACAGCUAUGGGGCUUGCAACUUCUGUGCAGAUGGUUGGAGUUGGCCUUUCGAAUCUGAUUGUUGGACACAUUCUAGGAACAAAGUCCAGUGAAUUAAAGAUCCCCCUGUGGCGCUGGCAACGGAUGAUGAUCUUUAUGUUGGCAAACACCAUUGCAUGUAUUGUUGCCUCUGUUAGCCUCAAUGUUGCGGACAAGAAACAGGGUGGGACACUGAACAGAACAAGAAAGGGAGCACCUGUGGAGCAGGAGGCCAGAGCCCCUGCAGAUGCAGCACCGCUCCUUGAUGAUGAAACAGGAAACGAGGGCUCUGCCCGCUGAACCUGCGCAGCGUGAGAAGAGUGACGGCUGCCAGACACAGCGCUGAUCACUUCUCUUUGAAAGUGGAUUUUUAGUUUGUGUAUUUUAAAUGCCUUUAAAGGGAAUCUUGAAGGAAACUGUCUAUAGAAAGGGAAUGUUUCCACUUCCUUAUGCCUGGCACACGAGUGAAAGGUGUCUGCUGUAUGGUUCUUGGGCAUUCUCCAACAUACAGAAACCUGCAUGGGGCACUUUAAGAACUACACUAACAGUAAGUGAAACUAACCUAGCUGAAGCUUGCUGGUAAGCCAUUAGACAGUUGCUUUUCACCUUGCAUCACAACUGCCCACAUGAGGGCUGCCUGCCUGGUCCACCACCGUUUGUCCAUCACAAGAAUCCUGCACGUCAGCACCUGCUAAUCGGCACACCUGGCUAGGCCUGCUGUUCCAGUUACUGCUCUCAAUUAGCAUGAGUGUCUCACAAAUUACAUACCCAUGCAAGUGACACCAUCAUUAUUCUUCAGGCAGAAGACUGAAUUAAUCAAAUUGAUUACUUCUGCAUACAAGCCUAGCUUAAUUGCUUAUUACCUUACUAGAAAAGCUUCUGUAAGCUGUGCCUAUUCGUUUACCUUCAAAAGCGUAAAAGGUUUUGAUCUGAAAUUCUGUCCUUUAAACCAGGGUGCUCUUACUCACGAAUGCUACAGGCUUAUGUUGCUCAGCCAACUGCCCUUCUCACUAUGCAAAACGCUCAAACGCUCACACAGUGUUUACAAAAGCACAAAGGAUGCUUUAAGAAUGAAGUAAACUUUAACAUAGCCAAGUACAAGGAAUGCUGAAGUGAAUGACUUAUGUAAAUUAUUACAAGUUCUUACGAGAAAGAGCAGCUCUGCUGAAGUUGCAUUUAAUACAAACACUAAUAGAUUGAAAGCAAUUUAGGCACUGACGGCAUCCAGUGAAGUCAUAUUUUUAAGGAGCUGUCACAGAAGACAAAUACACCCAUCAAAGCAAAGUUUUCUUAAACUGACUCACUGAAGAGAAUGUGUUCAGAGAGCAACAUCUUUUAAGUUACAGUGUGAAUUAAUUUCACACCACAGACAGUUAAAGAAUUUCCCUGUUGGAGUCUGGUGCAGCACAAAUUUGGGGGUGGGCUGAGAAGUCACAGAAAUGCAAAAUCACAGACUCCUUUGGCUUGGCAGGGACCUCCUGAGAUCAUCUCAUCCAACGCCCUCUGCUCAGCAGGGUCAGCCAGAGCAGGUUGCCCAGGACCGUGUCUGGUCAGAGUUUGAGCGUCGGCACAGAUGGAGACUCUACACAACCUCUCUGGGCAACCUGUCCCGGUGUUUGACCGCCCCCAGAGUGACAAAGCGCUUCCUUGUGUUCAGAUGGAAUUCCGUGUGGUUUAAUUUGUGCCUGUGGCCUCUUGUCCAGAGAAGAGCCUGGCUCUCGCAUCCUCCCUCCCUCCCGGCAGGUACUUAACCAGGCUGCU